CCCAGGCGGAGUGCAGCGGGGGUUAGUGCGGCCCUGAAGGCGGAGGGAGAGGCCUACACUUUGGGCUGUGCGGGAGGGAGGAUAAAAUAAGCCCAGUGUAAAAGAUGUAAUACUAUCAAAAUAAGGGCGAAGAGAUGGCGUUCGUGAAGAGCGGGUGGUUGCUUCGGCAAAGCACUAUUUUGAGGCGUUGGAAGAAGAACUGGUUUGAUCUGUGGUCUGACGGUCACCUCAUCUAUUACGACGACCAACUGCGGCAGGACAUGGAGGAUAAAAUCCACAUACCGGUCGACUGCAUCAACAUCCGAAUGGGAAACGAAUGCCGGGAUCUUCAUCCUCCUGAAGGGAAACCGAAGGACCGUAUGCUACAGAUUGUUUGCCGAGAUGGGAAGACAAUCAAUCUAUGUGCAGAAAGUGCGGAUGACUGCUUGGCUUGGCGAUUUGCCCUUCAAGAUGCCAGAACAAAUACUGGAUAUGCCGGUUCAGAAGCCAUGUACGAUGAGACCGCCGUAGCUUCCUCUCCUCCUCCGUACACAGCUUAUGCCCCACCGUCCAAUGAGGUGCUUGGUUAUGGUCAGUAUAAUGGCGCAUACCCUCCAGGAACUCAAGUCAUCUAUGCCUCUAAUGGACAGGCAUAUGCCGUACCAUACCAAUACCCAUAUCCAGGGCCGUACGGGCAACCCCCUGCCAAUCACGUGAUCAUCAGAGAGCGCUAUCGCGACAACGAUGGAGACCUGGCCCUGGGCAUGCUCGCCGGAGCAGCAACCGGAAUGGCGCUGGGAUCGCUUUUCUGGGUCUUCUAGAUUUCUUGCAACCUCUGUCGUCCUAGCUCCAAAAACCUUUAUUUAUUUUGUGUGUGUAUGUGUGCGCGUGCAAUAAUAAUAUAUUUUGCAAAGUACUCCUGUUUUACUGUAAAGAUUUUUAAUAAGACAAUUAGAAUAGUACUUUUUUAUUAGUGACAUCUCAGUUGUAAUUAACUGGUGAUAAAUAUCACAAGGAGGGAAUUUAAGUGCACCGUUUAGUUGAAAUAUGGUUGAAAGGGGUACUUGCUCAUUUCAGGAGAGCUCUUUUAUGAAGCUCAGUUACAUAAGAACGACUUAUAUGAUCUCAUCCAUUAUGAAGAGCAUUAUCAUUGUAGUGUUCAACGCAGAGCAUUAAGUGGUACGACUUUGUCACCCAUUUUAGGAAUAUACUGCUAAUGGCAUGAUCCUCGUACAAGUGGUUAUUUCCAGCCACGGAGAGCCCACUUAAUCCAAUGGUUAACUCUCAAGCUUACGUGUUAAGUGCAGAACAGAUGAGGCGAGGUAAACCGUGCACAUUACUGAAGUCCCUUGGUGGUGGAGAUAUUCUGAAGGCAGAAUCCAGUAGCCGGCACCUCCAGUAGACAGUGUCAUUGAACUGGUGACCCUAUUUCCUCCAUAAAUGCGAGUGAAUUUACGAAUUCUAAAGGUCGGUGAUUCCUUGCAGAACUAAUGUUUUUAUUUGGGGGGAACCCCUUAAUAGGGAUUAAGGAACUUCCCCUAAGGAGAAACACCUUGGAGACCUGAAAAACUGCAGCAGGUAUUUUCAGGGCAUGUGAAAGAUGACAGACUUCCUUAAUUGGUUUGUCACCUUCAGGGUAAAUCAUAUUAAAAGUCCAGGCUGAUUUGGCUGUUCUGCUCAUGAGUCAGUGCUCUCGCCCUGCACCUAACUUUUAAAACCACCCGUUCUGUCCAGAUAAAGGAAAAAGAACAUUGGCGGACUUUGGUUUUGCCACUGUCCGGAUGUCAGCUCCCUGACCUUUUUGCAGGGCCGGGAUAGGAUACGGCCAUUGGCUUCUCCGUUUGGCAGUAGGAAAAGGGAGAACAGAAACCCCUCAGCUCACAGCAGGUAGGGAGAAGCAUGUGAAUCCUUGGUCAGGUUACCAGUUAGGGGGUUAGGAGCUUGCUUAGUCUAGAGAGUUGAGUUUGGGUGGGAAGACAAGGUUAAUUGGAAAAAUGGAGGAGCCGGGAAAAAUGAGUUAAAAAAAAAAAAGGCGGCCCUUUAUGGAGCUUCCUGCCAGCUGCCCUAGCAUUCUAGCAGCUGACAUACUUGAACACAGCUUUGUCCAAACUGGUCUGGUUUAAUCCCUUUUGAAUUCCUUUGAUAGAAGAUUUUUAGGGGUUCUCCUAAUGACUUGUCGCUUCCAAAUGGCAACCUGAUGUGCUUGAAAACUCAUUUUAUUCCUUCACUCCCAUUGUGACCGAGGAAGGGAAGCCACCAAUGAGAUAUGCAUAGUCAUUUAGCAAUAUUUAUUGUACCUUUUACAAUGGUAGAAUUGCCUUGUGUAUAGAAGACACUUCUAUUUUUCUAUUUCUGGUGUUAACUCUAGUCUUAAUUAUUUUGGCGGGGUUUGUGCUUUCACUUGCAAACUAAUCAGAAUCCACGAGUUGGGAAAGCUGGAUUGUGGCAGAAAAUAUUUAAGUAGAUGGAAUUGGAGGCAUGUUUGGAAGAUUAAAACAACAUAAGGCUUUUGGGGGCUCUUUGAAGCAUUAUUUUGUGCAAAUAGUAGUGUUAUGGAUUUUUCUGUCUUUCUGAAAGAUUUAACAAGUUGAUGAGAUGAUUACAUCUUUCUUGACUCCAUUAGAAUACAAAUGCUAGUUUAACAUACCUAUAGAUAGCAAUGGAAAGAUUGAAGAGCCUGGAAUUCUGUGAUGAAUUCUUCCUCAAGGGUAAAAUAUUAUGAUAAGGAGAGUAGUGCUUCAUUAGAAUAUGGAUGGUGAAAUUACUUAAAGGAAUAAAAUGCCUAAAUGAUAGAAAGUAAAUCCAAGAUUUAAUUCAUUAAAUUGCUCAAACCCCUGUUUCUUUCCAUUUUCCAUGAUAUGCCUACUUGCCUACUCCUUAUAGAUGAUUGAUUUCCAUUAUGAUCGCAACCCAGUAUUUUUUCUUAGCUCAGUGAUAUUACUAGCAUUGUUAAUAUUCAUCUAUUCCGUGAUCCUCAGGGCCACACUUAUAGAAAUGGGUCAAACCUGCUAACCUUUCCUGUUUUCUGUAAAGCAUUCUUUCAAAUAGUUUGGAGAAGCAUAAGGUAUCAUAUUUCCUAGAGUCACAAUCAGAUUCACUCCUCAUGAUUAUAUUCUACUUUAUGCGGCAAAAUGUCCUUGACGUUUCUACCAGCUAAUUCAUAUUCAAUGCAAAAAUACCUGGGCAACUGAACUCUAACCAAACCUCAAAAUUUACACAUUUGCUACCUUCCCGCAAGCGUUUGCAGGGUCAAAUCCCUUUUAAAUGAAUACUUAGAGCUAAAAGGAAAAACAAACUGCCAUGUAGAUUUUUCCCUAAUGAAUAAUACAAAGCAUUUAGAAGCUGAGCGUUCCAGGCUAUUAUCUAGCACACUUUGGUUGCUUAAAAAAUAUUGUUGUUCAUCCUUACACUUUAACAACUGUAACAAAUAAUAACGCCUCUAAGGAGAUAAUCAUUUGAUCACUCAAAAUAGUUAACACAGACCCUAGAGUUUGAAGCAAGCUUCAACAUUCAGAGGGAUUUUUUUAUUAUGAAGUAGAAUUGGAGCCCCAUAUUACUGCCCUAAUGUUGUUGGUGUAUGACUCGAAUGACCUUAAACAAUCACUACAUCUUUAUAUUUACACCACUCCAGAGGGAGAUCACUUCAAACCCUUUCUAAUCCCUUCUGGACCUAGUUGGAAGAAUAUCCAGUGAUCUAGAUUGAGGCACGAAGCUCUGAACUGAGGUGUUGAGAUUAGACAUUAACACUCCAAUCUUAUAGAACACUGGUGUGAAGCUUUUUGAUAAAUCUGGGGAUGAAUUGCCCCAAAAGUGUGUCAUCUGGUUCCUCCCAGAGCCAGUGUGGCUCUUUUUAGGGGGGUUGAUUUAGCGUCUGGGCUCAUACCCAGUUUCAUCUGCUCUCUGGGAGUUUCUUAGAAUAGCAGAGAUUGUUAUGGUAUUGUGAGGAGGCGAGGCCUGGGUGUUGUGGUAAGUGUGAUCAGAAUUGAAUGUGCAAAAAAAUUGUGUAAUGUGGACAACUCAUUCAGUAGCUUUAAAGACUAGCAUCUCUAAAACAGUAGCCUCUAAUGCAUCAUGGGAUGCUGCAUCUCCGUGGUUUUCUUUCUAAAAGGAUGAAAAUGUAGAGGUAUUGAUGGUCCAGGAAUGUAAGGUUUAUGUGUUUAAAAGAGUUUUUUUUUCAUUUCCUUUUUUUGUCUAUUUUUUUUUUUAAAGAAUUAAGCCUAGGACGAUCUGACUGUCGCAUCCGUAGCAGUCUAUACUGCUUUACUGUUUGCUCUGAUACUUUGGCUCUUUGUCUUCAGUCAGCUGAUAAAGUUGAGGGAGUGAGGGAAAAAUUACUCACUGUAUUUUUAGACUUCAUUUUUUUCCUGUAGAGUAGACAGUGAAUGAUCUAAAUGGUGAAAAUGCUUACCCACAAGGCAAAAUAUCUGUUGUGUCAACUCAAGCCAAGCGUAAGUGGAGAAUCGAAGCAAUUAUUUGGAUAAUUCAGGCUAUUGAGGAAAAAAAGAGCUUUUGAGGGCCUAAUUGACCAAGAUUGGCUGGCUCCAUUGAUCAGACUAUCCAGGUGAUUGCUCAGCUCUCUACUCCAAUUCCCCUGCAUAGCUUCAAUAACCAGUCGAUAUAAUUUUUAUCUGUGACUGUUAUUCCCAUCUCCUGCUUUCUCCUAAAUGCUGUGUCCAUUUUUUGUCUAAAUACAAAUCUACAUUUAUAGUGAAAAUGUUCUUUAAUAAAGUUAUUGUUAAACUGCAA